UCUUUCUCAGAAUCAGGUCUCUGAAACAAAAGGGAAAUAUUUAGGUCAUUUUAUACUUGAAGAUGGUGCCUCAUGGGUUCAGGUUCAAUCCCACUGAUGAAGAGCUCAUCCAGGUCCUAGACAGAAAAGCUUCUGGCCAAGAAAUGCCACUCCAUUUCAUUCUUGAAAUGAAUGUUUAUGAACGUGAACCACAGGAUCUUGAAUGGAAUCAAUCCACGGCUUUAAGCAAUGGUGAGAGAUUCUACUAUUGUAAGAGGGAGAUAAAUGAUUCAAGGGAAGUGAUCGGUCGAGGAUGGUGGAAAGCUACAAGCCAUGUCAAGAAAGUUUAUGCAAAUGAUCAUCAACUUCUUGUUGGGAACAAGAGGCCUUUGACAUUCCAUAGGUUCAAGGACAAUGAAAGAAACCGCAAUAAUGCCAUCAAGACUAAUUGGAUUAUGCAUGAAUAUAGCCUUGAAUCAAGAACCACGGAGUGGAGGCUUUGCAAGAUUAAAUAUAAGGGAAAACCAAGUUUGCAAGAAGAGAUAGAGAGUAUUAAGAAACAACAUUCAUCGAGGAAUGAUUUCGAAGCCGGUAGCUCGACAAAUGUUGGUGUGGAGCAGCAUGAGGAGCAAACUUUGGUGCCUGCAGAUUCAACAAUGCCAUUGGAUCAUUGUAACGGAUAUCAUCAGCAACCUCAUGAUCAAUGGAACAAUAUGCAGCAGCUACCACCAUCUCCAUAUCAUCCUAAUUAUCUACCGGCAUUGUGUACUGGUAGUGGCCACUAUUAUGUUAACCAGCAAGAAGAGUUAGAGCCCGCUGUUCAUGAGCAGCCAUUUCCUAGUCUUUGGUCUUGGACGAACUAGGUCUUUGCUGUCUCUAUUUUUAGUUUCUUCUAAGCUGAUCUGUUUGCUGCAUAUGUACAAAAAAUUGUUUAUUGUGUUUUUGGUCUAGCUGGGCAAGGAUCGAUGUCUUGUUGACUUACUGUUUCUGGUCUAGCUAGGCAAGGAUGUCUUGUUGAUUUUCUGUUUCUCUAGUCAUGUAGUACGUCCUUACUAUGUUAUCAAGAAAUAUGGUUUGCGCUUAAUUGGAACGAUGAAUAUUGUUCAGUA